AUGAACCUUGGGCACGUCGAGGAGGAGGUCGGGAAGCUCCGGGAGGAGAUCCAGAGGCUCGGCCAGCAGCAGCCCGACGGCUCCUACAAGGUCAAGUUUGGUGUCAUCUUCAAUGACGACCGAUGCGCAAACAUAUUUGAAGCAUUAGUUGGCACCUUGCGGGCCGCCAAGAAGAGGAAAGUUGUCACCUACGACGGUGAAAUGCUUCUGCAGGGUGUUCAUGACAAUGUGGAGAUAACCCUGUUCCCUCCCCCCACGGUCGCUGCCACUUGA